AUGUCCUACCAUAAAAUCCCUCGCAUGGACAUCAACUUUAUCCUCAACAACAACACAUCAACAUCAAAGAUGUCUGAUGAAUCUGUUUACAAUCCUUUCGGGGUCGGUUCUCGUACACCCAAUACCAACGCCAGCGCCAGCGCCGGCACCAUGAACUGUACCUGCAGGACCUUCGCCGACCCGGGAGGAUACUUCGAUUGCCACCUCUGGGGACCACUAAAUCCCGGCCCCAAUUGUCCAUUGCACCCGAUGCUCUCGGGCAGUAAGGCAGGAAUAUAUGGUAUCAUGCCGCCGGGAUAUCCUCCAUCGCAGAGUUACAAAUCCCAGAAUGAUGGCGUUUCCAGCACUCCCGUCUCCAGACAGCUGAUCGGGAGCGCCUAUUCCCUUCCCAUUAAUCCCGAGGAAAUGCAACAAGACAGGACGCAUCUGGGAUUGGCGCCAAUGCAAUCGAUGCUUCCAUCAUACCCACCCACCACCACGCAACACCGAUCCUCCGAGCAUCAAUCUUCUCACGCACCAGGAACGGGACCCAGCCCUGCGUCUCUGCCUCGACCAAAUGAAGUAGAACCAUGGAGAAUCCAACCCCCAAAGACGCCUCCUUUCUUGCAGUGUUUCGAUCAACCUACAGCAUACCGUGGUGCCGCGACUGCCUCGCUCGGCGGGGGYCCGAACUUUCGCGUCGAUGACUUCCUCACCGGUUAUGAAACAGGGCCACAUGUACGUUCAAGCAACGGUACCUUGCGCUACCGGAACUAUGAAACGUCCGAGAGGAAGCGUAGGGAUUCCACCAGUGUCCCCCAAUCCACCAAUUCCUCUAAGCCGAAGGUGGCAGGGGAUAAUCCGUCUUCUCUACAGGAACAUGUAGCGGCCUUGCAUCGACUGACGGACAUGCCAUCUCGUCGACUGCCAGUGUCCAUCCCGUCACCACCCGUGGCACCACGCCGUCGUGGCGAGGAUAAGAUCGAGACUUGGCGUGCUAGAAUGCCGGUCAUGCAGAGCAAGAAGGCUGAUACUCUAUGGAACCUGAGUGGUAUACCUGAGCAAAGGAUCAUGGGCCAGGGGCAACCGGCCGAGAAGAGAAACGUUAUGAAAGCGGUAGAAUCGUCGAAAGAGAUGGCGAAGCGUAGUGCUGGCUCGUCUACGGAGAAGAACGGAUCCUCUUCAAAGGAUGUUGUGGACUCAAAGCCAACUCUCCGUGUAGAGAUUCCUGCAAUUGGAGGCAACCCGCCGAGACAGGAGAUCAAGCCUGAAGCUGGCCCAUCUACAAAAGAGAGCACAUCCGAUCCGUUGAACGGCGCGGAGCCAACGUCGACUCGAGGCUCAGAGGUGCUCGUCAAACCAGGAGUCCUGUCCAUGCAAGAUCUCCUGCCUAAGCAAGAUCUGGAGACGAAUGCUACGUCGUCGUCCACAGAGCAGAGCCCAUCAUCUUUGACUCCAAGCAAUGGCGUGCAGUCUGCAUCGAAUCCUGCUGGUCAGAUGCCCACCAAUGGCGAAGAGCCGUCGAAAAAGGCUCCAAAGUCUAUGGCUGACUCGUUCGCCGAGACGACGAGCACACGCGCUUCGACUCCAACUGAGCCCGGCAAUUGCAACCGGACUCCUGGGUUCGAGCGACCCCGGAGCCAUUGCGGUACGAGAAGGGGGAAUUGUUACGGGGACUGGUCGUCUAAUGGCGCACCGUACAAUCGGCCCGAGAGAUGGGGCGCGUUCGGAGUCCAAUACUGCCCGCCGAUUCCUCUUCCUGGCGACCACAUGCCUGGGCCUGAGCCUGCUGGUUGUGGCAAGUGUGGGGAGGUGGAAAUGUGUGAGCACGAGCUUGAGAGCUUGGGAUGGGUAGACACCAAGGAUGAGACUGCUGAGACUGCUGAGAUUGCUGAGAAAGCAGGCGGCGAGUCUGGAUUUGAGGCCGAGAUUGAUGAGCAGGCCGAGGAAGAGUGGGAUCUGAUUUGA